GAUCCCAGGCCACCAGCCCUGUGGUGUGGUGCAGUCUGACCUGGAGCAGGUGUGGCCUUGCACAAUUACAUCCUGGUGUGGCCUUGCACAAUUACAAGAAUGUUAUUCUAGACCCCGGCCCCAAGCUCUGGGCCUCAGCAUUCCCCACUCUUAAUCAAGAUACAAGGUACCCACCCUAAAACGCACCUAGUGUUGAGCUCUGAGAGUUCACACACAUGGGGUUGGCAGCCAUGACCACGUCAAGCCACACGAGUGACCCUACCCCCUGCUUGGGCCAAGGCGUGGGCAUAGAGACCACAGAGGGUCCAAGCUUACUGAGGCAGUCAGCAGAAACCUUCCAGAGCCCCCAGUGCCUCCACCGUCGGGAGACCGCCCUCUGGGUGGGGGAACCAGGAAGCAAGGGUGAAAGCCCCUCUCGGGAGGGAGUGGCAAGGGGAGAGGGCAGCCCCUCCCCAGGGCCAGAACCCACUUCCUCCUUUACCACACGCGCCCAGGGAGACAGGCCCAGAGGGCUGGGCCUGCUCCCAGCACCCUCCCCUCUGUCCCUCUGCACAGGAAGGUCGGGGCCACCUGGCCCGGGUGCCUCCCGCCAGCAGGAUGGAUGAGGAAGGCCCUGACUGCGGCAAAGCCGACUUUGUGCUUUUGGACCAAGUGACCAUGGAGGACUUCAUGGAAAACCUAAAGCUCAGGUUCGAGAAGGGCCGCAUCUACACCUACAUCGGCGAGGUGCUGGUGUCCGUGAACCCCUACCAGGAGCUGCCCCUGUACGGGCCUGAGGCCAUCGCCAAGUACCAGGGCCGUGAGCUCUAUGAGCGGCCGCCCCACCUCUACGCUGUGGCCAACGCCGCCUACAGGGCAAUGAAGCGGCGGUCCAGGGACACCUGCAUUGUUAUCUCAGGGGAGAGUGGGGCAGGGAAGACAGAGGCCAGCAAGCAUAUCAUGCAGUACAUCGCUGCCGUCACCAACCCCAGCCAGAGGGCAGAAGUGGAGAGGGUCAAGGAUGUGCUGCUCAAGUCCACGUGCGUGCUGGAGGCCUUCGGGAACGCACGCACCAACCGAAACAACAACUCCAGCCGCUUUGGCAAGUACAUGGACAUCAACUUCGACUUCAAAGGAGAUCCUGUCGGGGGGCACAUCCACAGCUACCUGCUGGAGAAGUCUCGGGUCCUCAAGCAGCACGUGGGCGAACGGAACUUCCAUGCCUUCUACCAGGUCCUGCGGGGCUGUGAGGACUCACAGCUGGAAGACUUGCACCUGCAGAGGAACCCCGCCCUGUACAGCUUCACCCGGCAGGGAGCAGGGCUCAAUCCCUUGGACAGUGACGAGAGGAGCCACCACCAGGCAGUGAUGGAAGCCAUGCGGGUGAUCGGCUUCAGUCCCGAGGAGGUGGACUCCGUGUGCCGGAUCCUGGCCGCCAUUCUGCACCUGGGAAACAUCGAGUUUGUGGAGAUGGAGGAGGGCGGGCUGGAGCAGGGGCAUGUGGCCGUGGCUGAGGAGGUGUUGGUGGACCACGUGGCCGAGCUGACGGCAACGCCCCGGGAGUCGGUGAUGCGCUGCCUCUUGUCUCGCACUGUGGCCUCAGGAGGCAGGGAGCUCAUUGAGAAGGGGCACACGGCUGCAGAGGCCAGCUAUGCCCGGGACGCUUGUGCCAAGGCAGUGUACCAGCGGCUGUUUGAGUGGGUGGUGAACCGGAUCAACUGUGUCAUGGAACCCCGCGGCCGGGACCCCCGGCGUGACGGCAAGGACACAGUUAUCGGCGUGCUGGACAUCUAUGGCUUCGAAGUGUUCCCUGUGAACAGCUUCGAGCAGUUCUGCAUCAACUAUUGCAACGAGAAGCUGCAGCAACUGUUCAUCCAGCUUAUCCUGAAGCAGGAGCAGGAAGAGUAUGAGCGGGAGGGCAUUGCCUGGCAGAGCGUGGACUACUUCAACAACGCCACCAUCGUGGACCUGGUGGAGCGGCCCCACCGUGGCGUGCUGGCCAUGCUGGAUGAGGCCUGCAGUGCCGCGGGCACCAUCACUGACCGGAUCUUCCUGCAGAGCCUGGACACGCACCACCGCCACCAUGCACACUACACCAGCCGCCAGCUCUGCCCCACAGACAAGACCAUGGAGUUUGGCCGAGACUUCCGGAUCAAGCACUAUGCAGGGGAUGUCACGUACUCAGUGGAGGGCUUCAUCGACAAGAACAGGGACCACCUGUUCCAGGACUUCAAGCGGCUGCUGUACAACAGCUCAGACCCCACCCUGCGGGCCAUGUGGCCAGACGGGCAGCAGGACAUCACAGAGGUGACCAAGCGCCCCCUGACAGCCGGCACCCUCUUCAAGAACUCCAUGGUGGCCCUGGUGGAAAACCUGGCCUCCAAGGAGCCUUUCUACGUCCGCUGCAUCAAGCCCAAUGAGGACAAGGUGGCCGCAAAGCUGGACGAGGGCCACUGUCGCCACCAGGUCGAGUACCUGGGGUUGCUGGAGAAUGUGCGUGUCCGGAGGGCCGGCUUUGCUUCCCGCCAGCCCUACCCUCGGUUCCUGCUCAGGUACAAGAUGACCUGUGAGUAUACGUGGCCCAACCACCUCCUGGGCUCCGACAGGGCAGCCACGAGUGCCCUCCUGGAGCAGCACGGGCUGCAGGGCGAUGUGGCCUUUGGCCACACCAAGCUCUUCAUCCGCUCACCCCAGACUUUGGUCACACUGGAGCAGAGCCGCGCGCGCCUCAUUCCCAUCAUCGUGCUGCUGCUGCAGAAGGCAUGGCGCGGCACGUUGGCCAGGUGGCGCUGCCGGCGUCUCCGGGCCGUCUACACCAUCAUGCGCUGGUUCCGGAAGCACAAAGUGCGCACUCACCUGGCGGAGCUGCACAGGCGCUUCCAGGCCGCGAGGCAGCCCCCCUUGUACGGCCGGGACCUGGUCUGGCCGACGCCCCCUGCUGUGCUGCAGCCCUUCCAGGACACCUGCCGGUUGCUGUUCUGCAGGUGGCGGGCCCGGCAGCUGGUGAAGAACAUCCCACCUUCAGACAUGGCCCAGAUCAAGGCCAAGGUGGCUGCCAUGGGGAUCCUGCAAGAGCUGCGGCAGGACUGGGGCUGCCGGCGGGCCUGGGCCCGGGACUACUUGUCCUCUGCCACCGACAACCCCACAGCCUCUGGCCUGUUCGCCCAGCGACUGAACGCUCUCCGCGAGAAGGACGGCUUUGGGACUGUGCUCUUCUCCAGCCACGUCCGUAAGGUGAAUCGCUUCAACAAGAGACAGGACCGGGCUCUCCUGCUCACUGACCGGCACCUUUACAAGCUGGACCCGGGCCGUCAGUACCGGGUGAUGCGGACUGUGCCCCUGGCUUUGGUGACCGGGCUGAGCGUGACCAGUGGGCGGGACCAGCUGGUGGUGCUGCACGCGCGGGGCCAGGACGACCUAGUCGUGUGUCUGCACCGCUCCCAGCCGCCGCUGGACAACCGCGUCGGGGAGCUGGUGGGGGUGCUGGCGGCGCACUGCCAGGGGGAGGGGUGCGCCCUGGAGGUCCGUGUCUCCGACUGCAUCCCGCUGAGCCAGCGCGGGGCCCGGCGCCUCGUGUCAGUGGAGCCGAAGCCCGAGCAGCCGGAGCCAGAUUUCCGCUGCAGCCGCGGGGCCUACACCCUCCUCUGGCCGAGCCGCUGACCCGCCGGCCGUGCCCCGCACCCCCCCCCCCCCCAACGCCAGCCCUGCAACGCACAAUAAAGGAAGCGUGUCUCUGCCCUUCCAGACUUGCAUCUGUGGGUGGACGUCCGCACAACUGCCAACAACUUGGGAAACGUCACCCCAGCAUCCUCCGCUGACCCCGUGAGGUCAUGGGAAGGGGAGGAAGAGGCCUGGGGGCCCAGUUCGGUGGGGCAGCAAGACCCGGUUCUUCCAGGGACCCCAGACUGGACCCGCUGGAUGUGCUGCCCACAGUCCAGGAGGAAAAGUGCCCUUUAUGUUCCAGGGCCAGGGUCUCUUUUCCUGUUCCCCUCCCAUAAGGCUCCUCGCCUUAUCCCUACUGAGCCAUGGGGAAGCUCGGGGCUCCCAGGGCCACCUCAGGGCAGGGCUGUGGCUAAGCGCAGCAGACACUGUCCCAGCUGCUGUGUCUCUGCUGAGUGCGGGCAUUCCAGGCCCCAGGAACCCUCCCUCUGGGACACAAAGGACCUUGAGUCCGGGGCUGUUCAGAAACCACCCAGAGGAAGAUGGAUACGCCUCCCUCUCUCUGGCCAGUAGAGUGGGUGGGUCCCCAGCCCCUCUGUCCCUCAGUGUCCCAGCCCUGCCAUCCCCACCCCCAGAAAUCUCUGUCCGUAGGUGGCCCCUUCCUCCUGGGACUCACUAAAUUUGGGUAGCAUCCUUGCGUUGUUGUUCCCAGUUGAUAUGGAAGGACGUGGCAUGUGUCCACCACAGCCACCUGGAAGGGCUCACAACUUCUGAGGCCUCCCCAGGGGGUGCGGCAGGUCGCCACCUGCUGGGUGGGUGGCUGUGUUAGGCUGUUCCUGCCCUGGGAGCCCAGCCGGGAGGCCCAUGGAGAGUCCCACAUAGCCCGCUCCCACGUCUGUCCCCAGCUCUGGUGGCCUUGGGACAAGCCAGCCCUUCUCUGAAGAGCAAGCUGACGGUGAAGGGUGCUCAGAUACCCUGGGAUCCAGAGAGUCAGCUGCUCUGCACAGCGGGUGGUCCUGGCCAAGGCCAGCAGGACAGCCUGCUUCCUUUCCGGGUUCUCUGCGGCUUUGUGAGGGAGAAAACACUUCCUGGCCACAUUUGGGGGUCCAGCCCUGCCGGGGGUGCUCCAUGCUGCAGGCCCAGAGCCAAAAGUGGUUUCUCCAGCCUCCAGACAGGAGCGUCAUGGCUGCCGGGCAGGUUCCCCGGGCUGCAGGGUCUGGAUACCAGCAGAGGGGUCAGGAGACAGGCCAGGAAGAGGAAGGUCUGGACCCCUGUAUUCAACCUCACAUCAGUCUACAAAUCCUCCAAUUUGUCACAUAAGGAGUGCUUUGCAAAUGACACUCAGCCCCGUACCUGCCGAGGUCAGAGGUCAGUGUGAGCUUUAUCUUGCUCUGUGACGGGGGGAGGGGACAGGUUCUGUGACCAGCCAUCAUGUGCUGAGUGGGGCAGAUCCAGGCACACACGCCCCACAGCACACCAGCCGAGGCACUGGCUUUGCUGAGUCACGAGACUCAGCCUUUGCUGCCCCUCACGGGGCAGGGCCUCGGUGCCCUCUGGCCUCGGGUGGAUGUUCGCGCCCAAGCAGGAUCCCCCAGACUCCAGGCUGGCCCUGAGAAGAGGUGGGGGCGUCUCCGGGCCCAGGCCUUGAGAAGCCAGAGACACGUGGCAAGGGGCCACGUCACAAGGGGCCACGUCGGGAAGAGCACGAGACACAGAGAGAGACAGAGGUGGGGCGGAGGCGGCCAGACCAGCAGUUUUGAGCAGUGGUGGUUUUAAGCCACUACAUCCAGUGGUGAUGUUUUUUGCACUGUGAUAGGUAAUGGAAACAAAGAUUAAGCUUUCUGACCCAUGUCUGCAUAUCUUUCCGUGUCCCCAAGUCUAGCCAAUGAGCUGUCAUAAGUUGUCUGAGCUUCUCUGCAAUAGUCUUGCACAUCUUUAUCACAUGAAUUCGUGGGACCACUGGAUUUGGGUGCUGUCGUAAAUGAUAACUUUUUAUUUUUAUUUUUUUUUGUUAACUUUUUAAAAAAUGUUAUUUAUAAAGAAUAAUAGGGGCACCUGGGUGGCUCAGUCGUUUAAGCGUCCAACUUCGGCUUAGGUUGUGAUCUCACGGUUCAUGAGUUCAAGGUCUAUGUCCAGCUCUGUGCGGACAGCUCAGAGCCUGGAGCUGCUUCAGAUUCUGUCUCCCUUUCUCUCUGCCCCCCCUCCCCACCCCCCCACUCGUGCUCUGUCUCUCUCAAAAAUAAAAUUAGAAAAAUAUAAUAAAAAAUAAAAGAAUAAUACAAUAACUAUAUAUCCAAUACUAAGAGUGAACCGUGAACAUUUUGCCACAUUUGGUUCAAUUUUUCCUGAAAUAUUUUCAGGUUAAUUGUAGGUACCACACCAUUUCAUCCCUAAAUAUAUCAAUACGCACCUCUCAAAAUAAAGCAUGUUAUCUUACAUGACCAAAAGCUGGGAUCAAAACUAACAAAACGUGUAGUAAUUCCCUUAUGUCGCUGAACACUUGGUCAACGCUGUUUUCGCCAAAUGUCCUUUUACAGUUGGUUUGUAAGAACUGUUAUCAAAAU